UAAUUCGUAAUUCAGAGGUGAAAGGCCCAAUCAUACGCACCGGAGAAAUUGCGACCGGAGCGGAGAUGCUGUGUAGUUUGUAAUCGUAGCGCUGUCUCCGUGAAGUCAAAACCCCCGGGAAACCCUAGAGUUCCGGAAUCUCACCGGUGAGCGAUGCCCCGGAAUGACGACGUCCGGUUCAUCUCCUCCUCCAUUAAACUCCCAUCUUUCUUACCACCUGGUCUCCGCCACCCUCAACCUCGCUCCUUCUUUCCUUCUCUCCAACUCAACCCUAGUGGCAAAUUCGCUAAAUUACCGUUCAACUUUAACUUCCAGUUCAACUUCGGCUUCAAUCCGCAGCCCAUCAAUUUCAUUACCCAAUUUGUAAGGAACCAACCAAUUUUCCGUUGCAACAUCAAGAAUGGCCCAUUUCACACUGUAUUGAAGAAAUCCCCGCUCUUUUGCUCCGCCACGUUAGCUUUAUCCGAUUCCGAAACCGGGCCCGUGUCGAAUGACUUGAAAAGCGGCGAUGAUUCGGAGUCUGUGGUUCAGUACAAGGGAGAUGAGUCUGGGGCCGUGACGCAGUCGAAGAGUGUUGGCAGCAAUCGUGCUGCAGAGGAAGAGAGGGUUUUGAUAAGCGAAGUGUUUGUGAGAAACAAAGAUGGGGAGGAGCUCGAGAAGAAAGACUUGGAAGCAGAGGCCUUGAAUGCUUUAAAAGCUUCGCGGGCCAAUUCUGCGCUUACGGUGCGUGAGGUGCAGGAAGAUGUGCACAGGAUUAUCGCCAGCGGGUACUUUAUGUCUUGUAUGCCUGUUGCCGUUGACACUCGCGAUGGCAUUCGGUUGAUUUUUCAGGUAGAACCUAAUCAAGAGUUUCAAGGAUUGGUGUGUGAAGGAGCUAAUGUUCUUCCAUCGAAGUUCAUCGAGGAUGCUUUCCGUGAUGGAUAUGGCAAAGUGGUUAACAUCAGACGUCUUGAUGAAGUAAUAAGCUCUAUUAAUGGUUGGUAUAUGGAGCGGGGUCUCUUUGGCAUGGUUUCAGGUGCGGAGAUUCUUUCUGGUGGCAUUAUUAAAUUACAAGUUUCAGAGGCAGAGGUCAAUGAUAUAUCCAUACGUUUCCUUGAUAAAACUGGUGAGCCAACUGUCGGGAAAACAAGACCAGAAACUAUACUUAGGCAACUUACCACCAAGAAAGGGCAGGUCUACAGUAUGAUUCAGGGGAAAAGAGAUGUUGAUACAGUCCUGGCUAUGGGUAUCAUGGAUGACGUUAGUAUUAUUCCUCAGCCGGCUGGUGAUACUGGCAAAGUUGAUUUGACCAUGAACGUUGUUGAGCGUAAAAGUGGACGAGGAAUUUCUGGAGGUGGUGGAAUAUCAAGUGGAAUAACAAGCGGGCCUCUAGCUGGUUUGAUUGGGAGCAUUGCGAUUUAUCACAAAAACCUCUUUGGACGAAACCAGAAACUUAAUUUGUCGUUGGAGAGGGGGCAAAUUGAUUCCAUAUUUAGGAUAAACUAUACUGAUCCGUGGAUUGAAGGAGAUGAUAAGAGGACAUCAAGAGCGAUCAUGAUUCAGAAUUCAAGAACGCCAGGAACACUUGUUCAUGGAAACCAGCCCAAUAAUAACGGCCUUACAAUUGGACGCAUCACUGCUGGAAUUGAGUACAGUAGGCCAUUUAGGCCAAAAUGGAAUGGAACAGCUGGACUUAUUUUUCAGCGUGCCGGUGCUCAUGAUGAAAAGGGAAUACCUAUUAUAAGGGACUUCUUUGGCAGUCCUCUUACUGCAAGUGGCAACACUCAUGAUGAUAUGAUUUUGGCUAAACUUGAAACUGUAUACACUUACUCUGGUGACCCUGGUUCAUCAAUGUUUGUAUUCAACAUGGAUCAAGGGAUCCCUGUGUCUCCAGAGUGGCUAGUUUUCAACAGAGUGAAUGCUCGUGCUAGACAGGGCUUCGUUAUUGGACCUGCAUGCUUUCAUGUAUGCUUGUCCGGUGGACAUGUGGUGGGUAAAUUCCCUCCGCACGAAGCAUUUCCAAUUGGUGGAACAAAUAGUGUGAGAGGUUAUGAAGAAGGGGCGCUCGGAUCAGGUCGCUCGUAUGUUGUUGGAAGUGGAGAAAUGUCAUUUCCAGUGAUGGGACCAGUAGAAGGGGCUGUGUUUGCCGACUAUGGAACUGAUCUUGGAUCAGGCUCAACUGUUCCAGGUGAUCCUGCUGGGGCAAGAAACAAGCCCGGAAGUGGAUAUGGAUAUGGCAUUGGUGUUCGUGUGGACUCUCCUUUGGGGCCUCUAAGACUUGAAUAUGCAUUCAAUGAUCAGGGAACUGGUAGGUUUCAUUUUGGCAUUGGGCUCCGAAACUAAGAGCCUAUCCUUGUAUCUUUGACAUCUUUUCAGGCCUUCACCUUCUGGUCAUUCUUUCACCACCCUUAUUCUUUUAUGGAGUAGUCUCUAUCUUGGUUCAAAUUUUUAGAGUUGCGAAGAGCACAAGUUAGUUUCCCCAUUAAAUUAUCAAAAUAUCGAGUAGCAGCAUUCUCAUGAUUUUUCCUGUAUGUCACUCUGUAUCAUAAACACUAACGUUUUUUUCCAGACGUAAAAACAUCUAUAGUUGCUUACACAGUGAUUGCUUAUGAAAUAUUUUCUGGCAA